ACUUGCUCAGAGCUCAUGGCGGACCCCAAGUCCGUCUGUGUCUCGGUCGAUGAGGUGGUCUCCAAUGGGCUGCCUGCCCAACGUGCCCCCCUGCUUCAGAUGCACUUAAAGAAAGUGGAGAACCACAUCACCGAAGCCCAUCGUUUCUCCUACCUGCCACGGCGACUUGCUGUCAGCAUCGAUUUCAGGGAUCUCUCCUACUCUGUAACUGAAGGACCGUGGUGGAGGAAGAAAGGUUAUAAGACAUUACUGAAGAGCAUCUCGGGCAAGUUUAACAGUGGAGAGCUCAUUGCCAUCAUGGGCCCCUCGGGUGCUGGGAAAUCAACUCUGAUGAAUAUUCUGGCAGGGUACAGGGAAACCGGGAUGAAAGGGCAGGUCUUAAUCAACGGGCAUCCUCGGGACCUGCGCUCCUUCCGCAAGGUGUCCUGUUAUAUCAUGCAGGAUGACAUGCUUCUUCCCCAUCUCACCGUUCAGGAGGCAAUGAUGGUGUCUGCUAACUUGAAGCUGCAGGAGAAGGAUGAAGGCAGAAAGGAAAUGGUGAAGGAGAUAUUGACAGCUCUCGGGCUGCUGGAAUGCAUCAACACACGAACCAUCAGCCUCUCCGGGGGCCAGCGCAAGCGCCUCGCCAUCGCGCUGGAGCUGGUCAACAACCCCCCGGUCAUGUUUUUUGAUGAGCCCACCAGCGGACUGGAUAGCUCAUCCUGUUUCCAAGUCGUGUCACAGAUGAAAUCGUUGGCUCAGGGUGGACGAACCGUUAUCUGUACCAUACACCAGCCGAGCGCCAAACUCUUCGAACUCUUUGACAAGCUCUAUGUCCUGAGCCAGGGCCAGUGCAUCUACCGUGGGAAUGUUUGCAGUCUAGUCUCUUACCUCAAGGAGCUCGGCCUCAACUGCCCAACUUACCACAACCCGGCUGACUUUGUGAUGGAGGUGGCAUCGGGGGAGUACGGGGAGCAGAACCCACGGCUGGUGAAAGCAGUGCAGGAAGGGAAGUGUGACACCGAUUGCAAGCAGGACGAGAAUGGAGAUCAGGAGCUGACACCAUUCCUCUGGCACAGACCCUCUCUGGAGGACCCUUCCCCUUCGGAAGGUUGCCAUAGUUUCUCGGCCAGCUGUCUGACUCAGUUCUGCAUUCUGUUCAAAAGGACCUUCCUGAGCAUCAUGCGAGAUGCGGUCCUUACUCAUCUGAGGAUCACAUCGCACAUUGGGAUCGGGCUGCUGAUCGGGCUGCUGUACCUGGGAAUCGGGAACGAGGCAAAGAAAGUUCUGAGUAACUCCGGCUUCCUCUUCUUCUCUAUGCUCUUCCUGAUGUUCGCCGCCCUCAUGCCAACCGUCCUGACCUUCCCUCUGGAAAUGGGAGUAUUUCUGAGGGAACAUUUGAACUACUGGUACAGCUUAAAGGCCUAUUACCUGGCGAAAACAAUGGCAGACGUCCCCUUCCAGAUCAUGUUCCCGGUGGCGUACUGCAGCAUCGUUUACUGGAUGACCGCCCAGCCGUGCGAUGCCCUCCGGUUUGCCCUCUUUGCUGCACUGGGCACGAUGACAUCGCUGGUGGCCCAGUCCCUGGGCCUCCUGAUUGGGGCCGCCUCCACCUCCCUUCAGGUGGCGACAUUCGUAGGACCGGUCACGGCUAUUCCAGUGCUGCUGUUCUCCGGCUUUUUUGUCAGCUUUGACACCAUCCCUAAGUACCUGCAGUGGAUGUCCUACAUAUCCUAUGUCAGAUAUGGGUUCGAGGGUGUCAUCCUGUCCAUCUACGGGCUGGGCCGUGAAGAUCUGCACUGUGACAAGGACGAGAUCUGUCACUUUCAGAAAUCGGUGGCCAUCCUUAAGGAGCUGGACGUGGAGAACGCCAAGCUUUACCUGGACUUUAUUGUGCUGGGCAUCUUCUUCGUCUCCCUCAGGCUCAUUGCCUAUUUUGUGUUGAGAUACAAAAUCCGUGCUGAGAGGUGAAUUCGGAGCCUGCC